UAACGGCUGUGUGGUCUGAUGGGGUGUGACCCACUGGGUGCAUUUGCCGGGUCACACUUGCCGGGAACACUUGGUCUCGUGCCUGUGUCUACACUUGUGAGGUGCGGCAGACAUUCGCGGGUGGGAGUUGCAAAUAACAGUUAAGAUGUCGGACAACACGAUUCCCGAUGCGUCCAAAUGUCCGUUGAUGUUCCUGGGCAAGACGGGGUUAAAGGUCUCCAAUAUCUGCCUCGGGGCAAUGACUUUUGGAAAAUCAUAUGGUGGCUUUCUCCAUGGAAACAUAGACGAAGAAGAAUCUCACCAACUGAUGGAUCGGUUCGCCGCUUGGGGAGGGAACUUUAUAGACACGGCGGAUGUGUAUGGUCCCAAGGUGUCUGAGACGAUCGUGGGAAACUGGCUUCAAAAACAGGAACGAGAGAGGUUUGUCAUCGCCACCAAGGUUCGCUUUCAUGUGGACCGGUCCAACCCCAACAAGGUGGGACUCAGCCGCCGACACAUCACACGUGCCGUGGAGGAGAGUCUGGGCCGUCUACAGACAGACUUCAUCGACCUUUACCAGACUCACCUGUGGGACAACGCCGUGCCCCUGGAGGAGACCUUACGCACCUUGAACGACCUGGUGAGGUGUGGCAAGGUGCGCUACCUGGGGGCCUGCAACCUGUCGGGGUGGCAGCUACAGAAGUGGAUUCAGGUGCAGGAAAAGCUGGGACUGGAACCUGUCGUCGCUCUGCAGCAACACUACAGUCUCAAGGAGCGAGCUUCUGAGUGGGAGGCCUUCCAGGUGUGCAAGGGCAACGGUCUCGGGGUGUUGCCAUGGAGUCCACUCAACGGAGGAGUGUUGGCUGGUAAGGUCAGCCGAGACAAGGCCCCUGAGACCGGGCGCCUGUCCGAUGCCGUCCAGAAAAACUUCGACAUCAACGCGGCGCCGAACUGGAACAAAUUCAAAGACAAGGAGCAGGUCUGGAACAUUCUAGAUGUCUCCAAACGCAUCGCCGAGAAGCAUGGUAAGACUCAGGCCAAGGUGGCAAUUCGCUGGCUUCUGCAGAAGGACAUCGUGGCUUCCGUCAUCAUCGGCGCGCGCACCCUACAACAGCUGGAUGACAACAUGGGCGCCGCCAACGGCUGGACACUGACACCGGAAGAGUUUCAGAUGGCAGAGCUGGACAAGGUGUCGCAGCCCGACAAGCCCUACCCCUACAGCAUGGCCGACAUGUUCAUGGGGGAUCGGGUCAACCCCUUCAACCCUUCAUGUAACCUCUGAAUAGUCAGAGGUCUCAUACCUACCAGCCUCUGUCACUAUUAUUAGACCAGUGAAUACAAUUUCGCCUAUCUACAGCACAUCAAGUAUUGUCAAGAUAUUUUGUCGGUGAUUACUGUUGUUAAAUGAAUAUUUAGAGAUAAGGAUUACACCGGAGACAAAUUCAGUGGACUGAGGUACCUCAACCAGUAUGUAUGAAAGGAAUAACAAAUCUCUCCCAGUGGCGU